AAAUAUUUAUGAAAUUCAACAAUUGUGGUGGCUAUAAAUGAUUCACUCAGCAUAAAUACUACCUUUAAUUUUUGUACUUUUAUUUCAGCUAAUGGCCGUGGCUGGUUUUGAUUCCAGUAGAAUUCACCGUCCAUCUCCUUCAAGGUCACUGCACUCCUGGGCCACACCUCCUUCUUCUCCUAUCAGGCACAGCUGUUCGCCGUCCUACAUGCCCCUUAUACAGGUGGACUGGCGGAUUCCUGGCAGUGUUGGCAGUCUCCCUGGAGCAGUGAAGAGGAGCUCCUGGUAUACAGACAGUCAGGACGGUCCCCCAACUCGUAGUCAUUCUCCAUCACGUCUUCAGUUACCUGCUGAGAACUGUACCCAUGUCCUGCAGAAGAGAGGCAGCGCCAACAGUCUGGUGGAGGCUGUGUUGAUCUCUGAAGGUCUGGGAAAAUACGCCAGAGACCCCAAUUUUGUCUCAGUUGCUAAACACGAGAUUGCAGAUGCAUGUGAGAUGACUAUUGAUGAGAUGGAGAGCGCUGCCAGCAAUCUCCUGAAUGGAAGUAUAAGUAAUGACAGCACUGGAGGAUCAGGGAACCUUAGCUUUGACCUUCAAGCUGGAACAAGUUUUAGAGACCACAGCAUCCGAGACUACAGUGACGAGGAGCCGUACGUGGCUGUGACCUGUGAGGAGGACUUAACGGAUGAGAUGAUAUGCAUCACAUCACUAUAGUAACGGCUCACACUGGAAUAUUUUAGCUAUUUUUAAAUAAUAUUUCUGCACAUCCUGGAGCAGAGAAAAGAAAAGCAAACCAUGGAUGGAUGAGAAUAGAACAACAAGUGCCUUUUUUAUUCUCUUUCUGGGCAGUGGUACAUGGGAAUGCUGGAGAGGUGGGAGUUGGAAGCACUUUGCCCUGCAGGUUUACAACAUAUGGAGCAAGGUAAUCACACAGCUACACACAGCCAGCCAGAUGGAAGAGUUGAAACAAAAGAGUUUGGCAGCUCAGAUUCUCUCAGUGUGACAAAAUACAACCGGUCAAAAGACAACUGUCCUUAAUUCCAUAAGAGACAAAGUACUUUUCUCAAAGUAGUAUAAAAUUAUGUUUUGGAGAAAACAAUGUCGGGAGUUUAUAGACACCUCACUUGUGCCAUAGUCCCCACGUGCAAGGCAACAUUGUAACAUUGUCACCUUGCUGUUAUUACCUAAUGGCCCAGAAAUGCGUGUUUUUAGGUGUAUCUUUUAUGGCCACUAGGCAACACUAAAGACUGAGCUAAGUUGAUUUGAGAAAACGUUUUGAAUGAAUAACAGAAAAAGUUGUUUGUUUUUUUUACCAAGCCAUACCCUGAAUGACCUGAAUACUUAAUUAAGAACAAAUGUCUCACAUAAAAACAAGUACUUUAAAACAAAAACAAAUCCACCAGACCUGGUUGUGUCAUAUUUAGACUUUUUAAGUGAAGGGCAGAAAUGUGUGGGCUGUCUUUGUGUAGCUGCAUUAUUUUGCCUCACAAUGUCCCCUGAGUCAUUUUAAGAUCAUGACUGUGAUCAACAAUGGUUCAUUGUGAAGUGACUUUUUCUGGUUAUAUAAGUGUUUCUGACAGAGCAAUGUGAAUUAAGACCUCAGAUAAUGGUAAAAACUACUUUUCAGGGUUUUGAAGUUCAGCGGCGGCCAUCUUUGUUUUUGACUUGAAAACAAAAUUCACAUAUCAGUAAAAUAGACUGUCCUCAGGUAUACACUUGUUUUCUACUGAGUAUGUAGGAAAACCAGGUUCAGUCUUUCCCCCAUUUGCAACAACAAUCUAAAGCAGCCGCUUGCUUUUGUUUUAUCAUAACACGGAUGCUAGAAACCUUUGUUAUGAUUACGUUGACAUGAGCAGAAAAUGCAGUGCUUUUUUACAACAGCUUUAAACUAAUGAAUUCAAUGGUCAAAAGGUUGUGCUAAUCUGCAUUACUUUAAGUGAAAGUGGGUUUGUAUUGACCAUCUGACAAUCAGGGUUCACUGCUAAGUUUUCCUCCAUUAGUCUUAUUUCCUCUGUUGCUUACAAAUGUGACUCGUGGAGACUUUUUUAAAAAGAUAGCUAAACUCAAUGAUGUCAUGUAAUGUCCCUGAAAUAUAUAAAUUCAGUAUGUUGUGGAUGAGUGUAUGUUUUGAAGUGAUAUUGUUGACAGUAACCUGUCACUUACUUGUAUGUAGAUAAUUUUCCCCAACACUGACCUGAGGGACCAAUGUGUCUGCAGAAGCAGAAGCUGCAUCAAUGACCAGCAUUCAUCUGUCACUGCCCACUAUAAGAACAUGUUCAAGUCAACUUUUAAAA